CGAUCGGCCCGGGGCGGCCGCGGGUGGAGGGGGCGGUUCCUCGAGUGUCGGCGGCAGGAGGGUUGGCAGGCUGGCGGCAGGUGCUGCCGCGGCCGCUGCCGCUGCCGCCGCCGCCGCCUCCGCCUCCUCCGCCUCCUCCGAGUCCCGGGUCUGCUCGUCCUCUCGCGGUGAUGAGCUGAGCCCCGUCGGGGGCUGCACCUGCCGGCUGCCCAUCACCCCGGACCUCCCGGCGUGACCUCGGCCUCCUCGCGUGCCCGGCCCCCGCGGCGGGCGCCGAGCUGCUCCUGAGAGGCAGCGGCAGCGGCCUCCUCCGACCCGAGUCCUCGCUCGGGGGGCCGCGCGGGGAGAGCGCCCGGCCCCCUCCCCUCCCCAGUCCGCCGUCCUCGAUGUCUCCCCGGCGGGGAGGGGGCUGCCUGGGAGACGCGCUGAGCGGCCCCCCCCGGAGGCCCGUCGGCGGCAGCAGCAGCGACCAGCCCGGCGACCCGAAGCCUCCCCCGGCGGCGGCGGCCUGGAGGAGCCGCGCACCCGCCGCCGCCCCCGGAGCCUCGCAGCCGCCGCCGCCGCCCGGCGCCCGAGGAGAGGGCGGCGGGCGUCCCCCAGGGAAGAUGAAGGCGGAGGGGGGCGACCACUCCAUGAUCAACCUGUCGGUGCAGCAGGUCCUGAGCCUCUGGGCCCAUGGGACGGUGCUGAGAAACCUUACGGAGAUGUGGUACUGGAUCUUCCUCUGGGCUCUCUUCUCCUCUCUGUUUGUCCAUGGUGCUGCAGGAGUGUUGAUGUUCGUGAUGCUACAGAGGCAUCGGCAGGGGAGAGUAAUCUCUGUCAUUGCAGUCAGCAUCGGAUUUCUGGCUUCCGUGACUGGGGCAAUGAUUACUAGUGCAGCAGUCGCCGGCAUUUACAGAGUGGCAGGGAAGAACAUGGCCCCCUUGGAAGCACUGGUGUGGGGCGUUGGACAGACCGUACUGACAUUAAUCAUCUCCUUUUCAAGGAUCCUCGCCACACUCUGAGGUUUCUGUGGGCAUGUCUUACUUCACAUAAGGAAGCAGAUGUACAGAUUCUCUGAAAAUGGCAUUGUUAACAAGUGGGAAUGAAAUUGUACAAGAAUGUGGAAGGAGCAGGUCAAAACAUAAGGCCUUGAGCUGUGUGGGAAGAUUGCCCUCUGGUGUUCAAGUGAUUGCACUACCGCACUGCACCUUACGUGCCUCCGUCCCAGGCAAGGCGCAUGACACUAUGUGAAGCUACAAGAAAAAGCACCUUGUUUAGCUGCCAAUCAGGUUAACACUGGCAUUGAAUCAUCGUUCUUAACAGUGUUGUGUUAAGUUACAGGGACGUUUUGAAGAAUUGACAUAUGUGCCAAACUCUUUUCUUUUUUUUAACAUUGAUCAUGUGAAAUUUGCAAGUGUAGAUGUAGAUGAGUGCUGUGAACAUAUUUGACAUGAAUUCAGGUGGUGUAGUGAGAUUUUUGUUUUGUAAUGCUAAAUCCCGUAUGAGUGCUGAAUACCGAAUCAUUUAAUGUGAGACAAAUUAUUUGAUUUUUUAUGUUGAACGUUUCUGGGAUUUAGGGCUUUCAUAUAAAUUAGGCAUUAUUGUUAUUUACUUUACGUGAAAAAUAAUACUUAAUGGAAAACUGCUGAACUCUUUUAACGACUCAAAGUAGAUCUAUAGGGUGCACCCUUUUCACUCACUUAAGUAACACUCUUUUAAUAGUUUCCCUCAUACAUAAACAUUCUAUUGAUAUGAAAUUAAAAACUUUAUGGGUCAUACACAUUGAUUGUAGCUUGUGUGUCACAAAAGUAUAAUUUGAAAAUUUUCUUAUAAAUUUUUUAAGAAAUCUGAAAUGCACGUUGCAUUCUUGACCCUUCUAAAGAAAGUUUUUGCCAUGUAUCUCAUGGAGAAAACAUCUUUACAACUAGUAUCUCAGUGGGAUUAUAUUACUUGUUGCAUAUAUCUUGAUUUUUGACAAAACAUAAGCAGUCUUUCAUUCUGGAGUAUUAACUAUAUUUAAAGAGUGGCCUAAAUUAGGCUAUGAAAGGAGGAAGCCUCAUUUGUAGAUAAGAAACAUAUAGGAAGAGUAAUAAACUAUCUUACUUUGGGUAUGUGGUAGCAUCAUAAUUUCUCUAAGUAAAAAUUGGGGAAUAUAGUAAAUAAUUAUAAAAUUUGGCAACAAAUCUCAGCAUAUCAAUACAGUAUUGAAUGCAUAUUUGAGUUAUUCAUUUCAGUUGUUCAGCUCUUGUUUUAUGCUGUUAUUUAAGUUUACUAGAAUCUGUGAUGACAUUUAUUAGAAUGAAAAAAUCCUUAAGAGGUUUUGGCAAUAUGUAAUUGUAUUUAAGAGUACAAGUAAGGGCAACACAGAACCUGGUGGAAUUUGUCUCCUACUGAGAAUUUUUUAAUACCAGAUACAAUUAUAUAUAUGCUAACUCAAAGGAAGAGCCAGCUGCAGAAAAUAUGAAGUUAAGGACAAUCCAAAAAAUAAUCUGCAUACUCUAGCCUCACUGUUUUAUAAUCUAAUUUGGAAAACCAUAAGUUUCUAUUAGGUCCCAUUCAAAUAUAAGACCUUUGUUUACCCACGGCACCUUUUCUCCACCAAAAAGCAGAAUAGUGUCAACAACUCACCGAUGAGGAGUUGGGGGUAUUUUACCAGUAUGGAAGCAAGUUUCGGGCGGCGGGGGAGUUUAGUAACACUGUGGCUUGGAAAUUUGUUUUUAAAAAACCCAAGAAGCAACUAUGCAUUCUUAGAGAUCUUUAAAGUAAAUCUUAAAAUUGAUUCUUUUUAUUAUGUUCAAGCCUGAAAUUGUUUUCAUGUGUUCUUUAUAUUCCUGACAUUAUCCUAAAUUAAAUUUAGGCCUAAAUCUUCCAAGUCAAUUUGAUUUUUCCUUUUCUGUUAGACUUGAAUUGUGUUCUUCCUUUACUUUGGUUAUUCUUUAAAUUCUUUAAAUUAUUUGGUCAAUAAUUUUAAGUGUUCGUAUUCUUUGGGAGGAAUUACCAGUAACAUGUUGAAAUGGUUUGAGAGCUAUAGAAAUGAAUAUUUAUUUUAACACACGGUUAUUUCAUGUUUCAGAAAGUUACCAUGAUAAGGUAACAUGGAACACAUGGUUCUGAAAUUAGCCAGAAAAUAACUUGGACACAUUAAGUGUAUGGCUGCGUGGACCAAAGAGAAUGAAACUCCUGUUUCUGCUCUAGAAUGGCAGUAUGAGAAGGUGCAUCAGUUUGUCGAGUGUCCUGCAGUUAUCUCAUCAUCAAGUUGCUUGACGUUACGAGGAGUGUGUGUGUGUGUGUGUGUGCGGUUAACUUUGGGGGGAAUUUUUGGUUUCUUUGUUGUUUUUAGUUGCUUCCAUUGGGAUUUUGUGCAACUGUUACUAUUUCGAUGUUUUGAAAUGCAGUUGAUAGUGUGAAUUGAUGAAAUGUCUUAAUAGCGAUUUCUGUGAUGAGAUUUUUUAAAUGUUAUUGGUUUUCCUAUAGAGACAAGAAAUAUUUAAUGAUAUAUAUCUACAUACACAUAUAUAUCAUUAUAUACACAUAUAUAUAAAGCUGCUAUAUAUGAAUACAGUCUAAUUGGAAAGCUUUUGUUCAGUGAACACUGACAUUAUUGUGCAGAAUUUGAUACAUUUGCUCAGUUGAAUGAUCUUUUAAAUAGGUUUAAGGAACUUUGAGAUUUCUGAAUUUGGGGAAAGUUUUCUUGGUUUAAUAGUGCUAGAGAUCCUUGUUUGUGAUGUGACAAAAGCCCUUAUUGAUGUAUUCGGGUUAAAUCUUCUUAAAACUUAGGUGUGAUUUAGCAGUAAAUUUUCUUUGUGAAAAAUGCAGGCGGGAAGGGGAAAAUCCUCUGCAGUUUACACUUCGUUGUUUUCAAAAAUACUUAAUAAAAUACUGCUGACAGUGAAAUCAGUUCCUCAGAGAAGAGACUCCUAUAUGCCUAAACUAAUUAGUAAUUAGUUAACACAGGGAGUUAACAUAAGGAGAGUCCUAAGUGGUGGCCAUAUUCAGUGUUUGCAGGUUAAUUAUUCUUACUUUAGAUCUUAGUGUUUACUAAACAGUGUUAUAGUUUGUAACCCAAUGUACUUUCUUAGUAUUUGCAGCAUACAUUUCUACUGCCCCCCAAAAAUGUGAGGGUUUUGUUUGUACUUUAAGUGAGAAAUAAAGAAAUGAGCUGCCCUGUGUAUCAUAUAUUUGUGAUGUAAGGAACAGGAAUAGUUUUUAAAAUGUUCUUGGAAAACGUCUUUAGAGAACCUCUAACUAAGAUGAGGAGAGUGGGGCUGCCACGUCAGUGUGCCCAAGCUGGCACUUACAUGCCAACGAAUUCAAUUUUGUAAACAUUUUUGGUGGAUCUACUAUGUACAAAGUGCUGAACCUGGUAUUUUCUGUAGUAAGUACAAGGAUGACCAAGAUAGGGUUCCUGCCCUUGAGUCCCCAAGAGCUACCAAGAUGAUUUAAAUCCUAAAACAGUUGGGAGAACAUCUUGCUUCUAGCUGAGAGCUUAAGUCCUGUUUUUUCCCCCAAUUCUGAUUUUUCUCAGUUUAUUGACCAAAUGGAAUACCGUGACAUAGAUUUGAAUCCAGGCCCUCCCACUUGUUGACUUUUUGUUUAUGAUGGCGAAGCAGCACAGUCAACUCUCCAUAUCUGCGGUUCCGCAUUCAGGGAUUCAACCAACCUUGGAUUGAAAUAUUCAGAAAAAAUUUCCAGAAAGUUCCAAAAAGCAAAACGUACAUUUGCCCCACACAGGCAACUAUUCACAUAGCAUUUACACUCUUUUUACACCAUUUACAUACCAUUUACAUUGUAUAAGGUAUUAUAAGUAAUCAAUAGAUGAUUUAAAGUAUAUGGGAGAAUAUGCAUAGGUUAUAUGCAAAUACUAUGCCAUUUUCUAUAAUGGCCAUUUUCUAUAAGCAUCCUCGAAUUUUGGUAUCCAUGCGGGUCCUGGAAUCAAUCCGCUAUGGAUACUAAGAGAUGACUCAGUAUUUAACAGUAAAUGAUCAAUAGUCCUUAUAAUUUUUUUUAAAUACACUUUGCAAUACCAAUUGAAUAGAUUGUUUUUCUUCCAUUUCCACAUUUUCCCUACGUAUAUUUGAAGACGGAAACUAAAAAAGUUCUCUUAUAAUGUUGCUUCUCCUCUCCACCUCUUUAUUUUUUAAAUCAGCAGAUAGUUUUCUAAGAGCACUUUUGGGAAUUGGUGGCGAUGGAAAUGGCCAGGGCAAGCAGGAUUCAAUAUCAGGCUGUGUUUAUUACUAGUUAAAACAGGAAAAGGGAGAAGUAGCCGGGAUUUAGCCCUUACCUUAUCCUGCUUGCUUCUUUUGGAUUUACUCAGCCAAUAUUCAUUGAAUCUCCACUACAUGCAACUUACUCUCCUUGCUUUCGGGGUGGAGAGGUGUCCCCUCCCUCUGUGUACCUCCCGCCACCCCAGCCUGUGGCUUCACCGUGCGGGGCGAGAACAGAACUGGGCUGCAGUGUCUGCCACGUCCCUCUUUCCGUGGACCAAAGGUGCUUAAGCCCUACUUGUUUGUUUUUAACUUAAAAGGAAAUACUUUUAUUUUUAAUUUAUGUCCAUUUUAUAAUUCAAGAAGUAACAAGAUGUUAAGAGGACUUUCUGAAAUGUUCUCAAACUACUUCACUCUCACUAUUACAAACGUUUCUCUCAGAAAGUCUUAAUCAGAACUCUUCAAAGAGUUGCCAUUUGUUUUUAAGAUGGAAGAAUGUGGAAAGUUACUGAAGAAAUUCUAGUGACCUAGACUGCAGAGAAGUUUGGCAACACUUGGGUAACUGGGUAAAUGGUUGUUUCUUUUAAUAAUAAGGGGCGAGAAUCUCAGUGGUUAAAAUUGACUAGUAAUUUCCCUUAUCUUCCUGUCCUUUUUAUAACAUCGUGGAGGAAGCCUCUACGGCAUAAAAAGGACAUUAUUUGAUUAAAAAAUGAUAAACUUUUUCUAACAUGUGGUAGCAUUUAUAGCAGAGGGAAGUUUAAAGACAGGAAGAAGUGUUGGAGGGGUAACGCACA